CAAAGUUUAUUUCUUGUUUUAUUAUGACCAAACUUUAAUUUUUUUAAUAAAUUCGACGAUUUGAUACAAGGUUGUUUAUUAUGUCCUUGAAAGGUCAUGGUUCACUGAACUCCCAUUUGAAAAAUAUUAUUUGCAAUUCAUUAAAGUCGGCCAAGAUGAACAGAAUUCAGUGGAAAUCGAGACGAACCCUCUACCUUGUAAUCUCCCUCGUUUCUUUUUACCUGACCGUCCGAAUCAAAACUUACGAACACAAAGCUUCGGUCGUACUCCCUGAAACCCACCCUAAUGAUGCGUGGGAGUUUGUGGCCGACUUUAGCAACAUGAAGUUAUUAAACCCGACAAUAAUCGAUUUUACAAUCUUGGCAGAAAGUGGCAAUUACGACCAUUGGAAGUACUCAACGCAAUAUUCCGAAUUUUUGUCGCAUUGGCCGUACUUGCGAAACGUGGCAGUUGCACAUUUUGAAGUUAAAGCCAAACCGAAGGAAAACAUUUACUUGAUUAAUUCGGUGCACAAGACUUGUCUCUUGUUUGGAUUUUUUUGUCUCGAUUCAGAAAGUGAGUUUAAAUUCUCACAGAAUGAUACACUAAAAGGGGCACUUUGUGAAGAAAAUAUUUCGUAUCAGUGCCCGGCGAUCAUGUCUUCGUUUUGUAGACGAGAAGUUCUCUUCCAGAGGACGGCAAUUAUGAACAAUUUAAAAAUGCAUUUUAGGAAAAAACACAGGUCAUGAACGAUUUACGGAUUUUUUAUUUAAGUUUUAUAAUCAGAGCAAAUAAAUGAUAAAAAUAA